CGGUAAUGGCGGAGCUGGUGCAGGGGCAGAGCGCUCCGGUGGGGAUGAAGGCCGAGGGCUUCGUGGACGCCCUGCACCGUGUCCGGCAGAAAGCCCCAGGACUCAUUGUAUUAGAAGAAAGUCUCCACUCGGUCGCUUGAAGAUACGAUCUUUACACCUCUUUCCAGUAUUCCAGGGGAGGGAACCCUACCUGUUUCCCAGAUACUGACUUUUCAUUUUAAUACUGAUGCUCCUAUAGACCUUACAUUGGAUCCCAGAAGUUUCCAAACCUGUGGUUCCGCCUAAAAUUCUGUCUGAUGACUUGUCACUUACUGCCUAGGCACCAACCAGUACAAUAGUGAGUCUCCAUCUUCCUUAGACUUCAGAGCCAACCAGUGGCUAUAAUGGAUGAACAUGCCAUCCCGCUCCCCUUCCGCCAGUCUGCUUGCCGGCGUGUUGCCCUGCUCUCCUCUACAGUACAGGGUCCUGAACCUUGUUUCUCACUGGCUACUAAUAUGUAAUGGCUUUCACUCUGUGCUGACGUGUGACAAUCACCUUGUUGGCCUCUGUAUCCAGGAAGAAUUAUAGUCACUGCCCUAAAGAGCUCAGAUCCUCAGUUUGCAGAAGGCCUGUAGUUGAACCUAAAAUGAAUUUUGAACCAUUGAGAAGACUUUCUGCUUCUCUUGAGCCAGUGGUUGAACUCGUAUUCUUGGACAACCUGCUCAAGAGGGAGGGAGACCCUCCGUUAAAUGCUGACCUAAUGUGGAUUGUUGAAGCAGUGUGUUUACUGCUAGCAGAGGAAACGUCACUGGAAAUGUUCCCAGCUCUGAAAUGCACCAUUGACUGGAGCAGUAAUAAGUCCCAUGGAGACAGUGCUGUCAGUGUAUUACUUCUGAAUAUUAACAGCUGGAGGUCGAUACUAUCUCCAAGGAUUUGAUGGCCUUUAAAAGCUAAAGAAAAAAACAGAUUGCUGCUAAAAUUGAUUCCAUUCCUCACUUGAAUAAUUCCACACCUCUAGUGGACCCCUCAGUGUAUGGCUAUGGAGUUCAAAAACGGCCCUUGGAUGACGGAGUAGGUAACCAGUUAGGGGCCUUGGUACAUCAAAGGGCAGUAAUAACAGAAGAAUUCAAAGUGCCUGAUAAAAUGGUUGGAUUUAUUAUUGGCCGGGGAGGUGAGCAGAUUUCACGGAUUCAAGCAGAAUCUGGUUGCAAAAUUCAAAUUGCUUCAGAGAGCUCUGGGAUUCCAGAGAGGCCCUGUGUGCUCACCGGAACCCCAGAAAGUAUUGAACAAGCCAAGCGGCUCCUGGGGCAGAUUGUGGAUCGCUGUCGGAACGGACCUGGCUUUCACAACGACGUCGACGGCAGCAGCACGAUCCAGGAGCUCCUCAUCCCCGCGUCGAAAGUGGGUCUGGUCAUCGGCAAAGGAGGGGAGACGAUAAAGCAGCUGCAGGAGCGGACGGGCGUGAAGAUGGUCAUGAUCCAGGACGGCCCGCUGCCUACGGGCGCCGACAAGCCUCUUCGCAUCACCGGAGACCCCUUUAAAGUGCAGCAAGCUCGAGAAAUGGUGUUAGAGAUCAUCCGAGAAAAAGACCAAGCCGACUUCCGAGGCGUUCGCGGCGAUUUCAGCUCCCGGAUGGGAGGAGGCAGCAUAGAGGUGUCUGUGCCUAGGUUUGCUGUGGGGAUUGUGAUAGGAAGAAAUGGGGAGAUGAUCAAAAAGAUCCAGAAUGAUGCCGGUGUGAGGAUUCAGUUCAAACCAGAUGAUGGCAUUAGUCCGGAGAGAGCUGCCCAGGUCAUGGGACCCCCAGACCGAUGCCAGCAUGCAGCCCACGUCAUCAGCGAGCUGAUUCUUACCGCCCAGGAAAGAGAUGGCUUCGGAGGCCUGGCAGUAGCCAGAGGAAGAGGCCGUGGCCGUGGCGACUGGAGCGUGGGAACCCCUGGGGGCAUCCAGGAGAUAACCUACACGGUGCCAGCCGAUAAGUGUGGCCUCGUCAUAGGCAAAGGGGGCGAGAACAUCAAGAGCAUAAACCAGCAGUCGGGAGCGCAUGUGGAGCUGCAGCGGAACCCCCCGCCCAACACGGACCCUGGCCUGCGGGUAUUCACCAUCCGGGGCGUCCCGCAGCAGAUCGAGGUGGCCAGACAUCUCAUAGACGAGAAAGUUGGCGGUAGCGGUCUCGGAGCGCCUGGAGCCUUUGGACAGAGCCCCUUCAGCCAGCCACCCGCCACCCCUCAUCAAAACCCUUGGCUGGGUUUUCCACUUUGUUCCAGCACCUUUCCUCCAAGGAGCUCAGGGUGCUUCCCCAACAUUGCUGCUAAAGUGAACGGAAACCCCCAUGGCGCCCCUGUGAGCGGUCCUCCAGCCUUUCUGACCCAGGGCUGGGGCAGCACCUACCAGGCAUGGCAGCAGCCCGCACAGCAGGUCCCAAAUGGGUCCAGGAGGCCUGCGGCCCCGAGGGCGAGGAUGGACCUGAGCCCCUCCCCUCCUCCCCUUCCUCUCCUCAAGCAGCCCCGCCUAUUGGGUGCCCUCGAGGUGGCCUUCUCCCUCUCCUCUGUCCAGCACCACCCCAGGGAGGGAGCUUCCUGUCUCCUGCACCUGGAGACAGCGCACCCUAGAGGAUGCCCUCUGCCGAGUGGCGCCGCUCCAGGAAAACUGACUCUAGAAGAGGAAGGUCUGGGUGGAAUCAAACCCACUCCCACCCUCCGGCCCCCACAUGAGCUUCAGGCAUCAUUCUUGAGUUUUAUCGGUGGAGAACCCACGUUGCACAGCCUUCCAAAAGCAGUAACAAAACGAAAACCUUGCCUCGGGUUCCUUCAACAUGGGAAGGGCCAGCACAGAGCUGUUUGGGAAGCGCUCUCCGGUGCACCUGCAGCCUCCCUCGGAGCGUGCCAGGCCCGGCGUGCUGCCACAGCUUCACUCACCAGGGGCUGAGCCCAGGCCUCAGGUUCCCCCCUUUCCCCUUGAGCAGAGGGCUGGCUCUGAACCCCUACUCCAGGGCGCCUGUCAGGUGCACAGCUGGAUGAGCCCCCGGGAGUCUGGAGCCAGUAUUGGGCGGCCUCAGGCAGGUGCCCCUUCCCUGGGGCUCCCCUUCUGUCCUCUGUGAGACAAAGGGUCUGGGUUUGAUUUCUCGAGUACCUGUGAGCUCUGAAACUCUAUGGCUGUGUUUUCUUUCCCGGUGUUUCCUUAUGAAACACCUUAAACACGCAGAAUGUUGUCAAGUCCUCACCAGGAACACCUACAGGCCCCCUAGACCUGCCUUCCCCCUGGCCCUGUGCUCACUUAUCCUGAAGCCCAGGCGUGUUUUGUUCCCUCCUGCCCGGUCUGAGGGCACCCCAGGGUGGGAAGGGACCCGGGUCAGGCUCCCACGUGCCCGUGGCCCAGGGCAGAGGACUGGGAGAAGCCCCAGACCGUGAGGCAGCUUUACAUUGGAGCCCCCGGGGCCACGUCCAUCUCCAGGGGCGGGAGUGUCUGCAGAGCCCCGCUGCUGCCACUGCCUCAAGUGCAGGCGGGCGCGGAGCCGGCAAAGAAGGCACGUGCUUCGUCGAGGAAGACGCCUGCUUUCUUGCUCCGAUCAGCCUUGUCUGGGUGUCCAGCUUCCUUCAUUUGGAGGCUGUUGAGAAUGGGGUGUGGGCAGUGAAGUCUUGUCUGGAAGAGAAACCCAGCUUGCCCACCCCUCCGUGUCUGAGGGGCCAGUUCCUGCUGCCCCACUCUGCGCUCUGCAAGACCAGGGCUGGCUGCCGUCGGUGUCCAGGUCCGAGCCCCUUCCUGCCCCGGCGGGGGAAGAGGGGUCUCUCCCGGACCCACACCCCUCCUCGGUCUCCGGUGGAAGAAUGCUUGAGAAAAGCCUUCCGCCUUGGAAUGUGUUUGGGAGCACGUGCUUCCUGCCUGCUGAGCCUGUGCUGCUAACCCAAGACGGGUGGGGCCUGGGUGGGGGACAGCAGGGCAGCAGAAGAAGGACCCACCCCGAGGGCGCGUCUUUCGGUGCUCUGCUCCGAGGGAGGAGGGUGCAAACAGGCCCCCGCCCCUGACGGGCUCAAGGCUCAAGGCCAGGCGGGGUCGGGUUGUGUGUGGCGUCCGCCCCUCGCUGUGUGUGCCUCGUCUUCUGUCGUCAUCUCGAGCACUCUCCCUGCGCGUCCCUUGCGUUCUGUCUAUCCAGAGGCAGAGCCUCAGUCCCUGCGCGGAAGGGCCAGGUGACAGGAGCCAUCCCCACCUUUGAAUUCCUUGUCCCAAUUGAAGGCCAAUCCGGGCAGCCGCGGGCAACACCCUGGCCCUUGGGGCUCAGCUCACUGACUCCCCUCCCGUCUGGAGGAGGUUGAUCUGCCAGGCCAGCGGAGCCAGCCGCUGCCCCUCAGGCCAAGGGCCCAGGGGCCAGAGAGUGAGCCAGCAAGUGCAGAGAGCAGGGCUGGAGCCUGCGGCCUGAGGCUGAGGCCGAGGGAGCCCGAAGGCCUGACUGCUUUUGUGUUCUUCGCACAGGCCAGCAGAGCCAGCCGCAGAGCAGCCAGCCCGACUACAGCAAGGCCUGGGAAGACUAUUACAAAAAGCAGA